CUGUAAGCUUGUGAUUUCCCCUCAAGGUUUUGGUACAAGCAGGACAAGGGCAUACUCCGCUGCAAAUAUGUUGCGUGCGAAGACGCAUAUAGUGCAGUGGACGGAAAUUGGGGUACUAGCACGGGCUCACGUGUGAUCGCGCUUCAGUGCCGCCGACGCUCACACGUCACCUCGACUUUGGCCAUAUGCGAGGACACAUGUCCUCAGCGACACCAUAGCCCUCGCCGACUUCCUCAUGAUCAUCCGACUUGUACAAUGUUCAACCUGCGCUCAAUUGUCCUACUUGUAAUAUCCUACGUCGUCAUCCCGCGCCUGACGUUUCUCCCGCAGAAUGUCCACUCGAUCCUCAUCAUCUUCGGACCCUUCCUCAUACCCCGCGUACUCGACUGGAUCAACCUCGCGCGCGCAACCGGAAGAAGCGUGCCAGUACGGCCGACGCCUCCGAGAGUUCAAUAUGCGUUAAACUUGCUCUUCGUGAGCGCAGUCGUAUGCCUCGUCCUCUCCUUCUCUCGGUUUGCACCUGAGAACAUAUUCCUCAAGACACAAAGUCACAUCCGAACAGAGACCAGUGUCUUGUUUGCGCGUCUACGCCACCUUCGACCGCUCACGGAUGAGGAUGAUGCGUUACGGACAAAGUUCAACUGGAGCGUGCGCAACAAACUGCUGUACCUGACAUAUGGCCCCGACACCCUGUUGAACUGCGUGUGGUGUACCACAUCCGAUGGAAAUGACCAGCAAAACUACUUUUUGUAUUCGCUUCCAACCAUGGUCACGCCGCAUAUCUUCCAACUCGCUGUUCUUGGUCUCGCGACGUCGUCGCUUGUAGGAAGCGAGGGUUCGCGGUUUCGCACGCAUGCCACCAUUGCAGGAUUGCUCUUGAUGGUGGUGGAAGUGUGGUACAUGGCCACCUACGACAUCACGCUCAACAAGCGAGCAAAGUAUGUGCAGGAUAUCGAUUCAGCACACUGGCGUGUCCGAUUCCUACGAUACGUCGCCUUCGCCAUGGUAGACAUGGGCUUUGCCUUCGUCCUCUGGGCUACAAGCACGAACCGCUGGCUCGCCAAGCCUGUUUCCAUCGCCGAGCGCAUCGAAACAACUACACGAACCGCCGAAGAUACAUUCAAUAAGAUGCGUGCGCUAGCUCUGCUCACAAACUCUGUGAACCGCGAUUCAGCGUUGCGAGGUGUGCGGGAAGAAUACUGGAGGACCGAGGGCCAGGUUACAGCUGAGGUGGUGCAGGAUGAACUCGUCAUGGAACAAAUCAAUGCUGCUAUUAGCAGAAUGGACUUUAGUACGCUUGAAGGACGUGUUGGCGAGGUUGCAGAUGGAAUCAUGAAGGGUAUUGAUAGCUUGAGGGCAAGUCAAAUGCUGGCGGCGAGUCAUGUCAGCGAGACAUCGUCAUCCCCGGCAUCGUAGAGUUCACUUUGCGACGGUUAGAGGAGGAAAUCUACAUAGAGAUACAGGCAUGCAUCGCGAUGGAGCCUCGGCGUAGAGCGCCCCUUAGAAGACUGCAACCGGUCUGGCCGUCUUAGAAUAUGAUACCCUGUUUUGAGCAGGUCACUU